GGCAAGGGCCGGGCCGCCGGCCUGCGGCCGAGCGAGCGCAGCGGAGGCACUGGCUGUGGGCAUUUCAUGGUGACUCCUUUCUCCUCCCGAGCGAGGAAGGAAGGAAGGAGAGAAGGAAGGAAGGAAGGAAGCGAAGAAGGAGGGGACUGUCUCCAUGGAAGGUUCAGGCGGAGGCGCCCUCGCCUUUUGGGUGCACCGGCCGCAGAGCGGCUCCAGCCGCCGCCGGCUGGCCCCGGGCGCGUGGAGACGGGUGAAGUCUGUGAGUUUUGUCAAAGACAAUGAUAAUCGGAUCUACUUGAAAGAUUAAGUGAAUUGAUUUGUUUGGAAAGUUCUCUCAACAGUCAGCUAAUAGGACGCGUCAGCACAAUCAUGUCCAUGAGAACUCUAAACUGUUCAGGCCAUUGUACUUUAGUGAAGCUGGCUGUUGAACUUUGCUGGAGUUGAUGGGCAAAAUUUCUCCUGGACUAUUCAGCACCCUAACUUCAUCCUAGUUGAAAAAUAUUCAAAUGUCAUAAGGAACCUUUGUAGCUUUGCACUUUGCUUUUGAAGAUGGACAUUUUUGAGAUGGAGAAAACUGUGUUAUAACUUGGUUUCAAGGACAUUGCCAUCCAAUGCCCACUGACUACAGUGUGAAUGUGGAAGGUUCCAGAGAGAGGGAACAAUCCACAAGUUUGCAGACAACCAGGAACAUGGAAGCAACCCAGAUUUAAAAAGCACAGCCUUGGAGACACUCCAUGAGUCUGCUCGGCUUCCCGGCAAAGUAGCACUUAAGACCUUGUGUAACAAAAUGGACACUGGGGACACAGCUCUAGGACAAAAAGCUACCUCAAGGUCUGGAGAAACUGACAGUGUGUCAGGUAGAUGGCGGCAGGAACAAUCAGCUGUUGUUAGGAUGAGCACUUUCGGCAGUCAGGAAGGACAGCGGCAGCCACAAAUAGAUUCCGAGCAAGUGGGAAAUGCAGCAUCAGCACAACUGUUUGGUUCUGGGACACUGGCCUCUCCUGGCGAGGGGGUACAUCAAGUCACAGAGAAGCAAUACCCACCACACCGUCCGAGCCCUUACCCAUGCCAGCAUUCCCUCUCCUUCCCUCAGCACUCAUUACCACAGAGCAUCAUGCACAGCAACAAGCCACACCAGAGCCUAGAAGGGCCUCCCUGGCUUUUCCCUGGCCCUUUGCCAUCCGUUGCCUCUGAGGACUUAUUUCCCUUUCCUAUCCAUGGCCACGGUAGCAGUUAUCCUAGAAAGAAGAUCUCAAGUCUCAACCCUGCUUACAGCCAGUACUCCCAGAAAAGUAUUGAACAGGCAGAUGAUGCUCACAAGAAAGAGCACAAACCUAAAAAGCCCGGCAAAUAUAUCUGCCCAUACUGCAGUAGGGCAUGUGCCAAACCAAGCGUCCUAAAGAAACACAUCAGGUCCCAUACUGGUGAGCGGCCAUACCCAUGCAUACCUUGUGGUUUCUCUUUCAAGACAAAGAGCAAUUUGUACAAGCACAGGAAGUCUCAUGCCCAUGCAAUUAAGGCUGGAUUGGUUCCUUUCACAGAGUCAUCUGUAUCUAAAUUGGAACUUGAGGCUGGUUUUAUUGAUGUAGAAGCAGAGAUACACUCUGAUGGUGAGCAGAGUACCGACACGGAUGAGGAGAGCUCUUUGUUUGCUGAGGCUUCUGACAAAAUGAGCCCUGGCCCUCCCAUCCCAUUGGAUAUUGCUAGCAGAGGUAGCUACCAUGGGUCCUUGGAAGAAUCUUUGGGAGGUCCGAUGAAGGUGCCAAUUUUGAUUAUCCCCAAAAGUGGGAUCCCGCUACCUAAUGAGAGCUCUCAGUAUCUGGGCUCUGACAUGCUCCCAAAUCCUUCUUUAAAUGCUAAGCCCGAUGACUCUCACACAGUGAAACAGAAGCUUGCACUGCGACUGUCAGAGAAGAAGGGACAAGACUCUGAGCCAUCCCUCAACCUUCUGAGCCCACAUAGCAAGGGAAGCACCGACUCUGGCUACUUUUCUCGCUCGGAAAGUGCGGAGCAGCAAAUAAGCCCCCCCAACACAAACGCCAAGUCUUAUGAAGAAAUCAUCUUUGGAAAAUACUGUCGACUUAGUCCACGGAAUACGCUCAGUGUUACUCCCACCGGCCAGGAGCGCACCACCAUGGGACGGAGAGGCAUCAUGGAACCAUUACCUCAGGUAAACACCAGGUUGGAGGUCAAGAUGUUUGAAGAUCCUGUCUCACAGCUGAUUCCCAGCAAAGGAGAAAUGGACCCUGGUCAAGCAGGCCUGCUGAAGCCCACAAAAUUCAACAGUGACUGCAGGCAACCACAGGCCAUCCCGUCAUCCAGCAGGAAUGAGGGGAAACUUUACCCAGGAAACUUCCCAAGCAGCAACCCAAUGCUCCUAGAGGCACCUGUGGACUCUUCACCCCUUAUUAGAAGCAACUCCAUGCCGACUUCUUCAGCAACUAAUUUAAGUGUUCCUCCUUCUUUGAGAGGCAGUCACUCAUUUGAUGAACGGAUGACAGGGUCGGAUGAUGUGUUCUAUCCCGGCACUGUAGGCAUCCCUCCCCAGCGGAUGUUAAGGCGACAGGCGGCAUUCGAGCUGCCGUCGGUACAGGAGGGGCACAUGGAGUCUGAGCACCCUGCCAGAAUGUCCAAGAGCCUUGCCAGCUCCUCUCUGAAGGAAAAGAAAUUGGUUCCCGGAGACAGGGUUGGGUAUGACUAUGAUGUCUGCCGUAAACCAUAUAAGAAGUGGGAAGACUCCGAAACACCAAAACAAAGCUACAGGGACAUUUCUUGCUUAAGUUCUUUCAAGCACGGAGGAGAAUACUUUAUGGACCCCUCCGUACCACUGCAGGGAGUGCCAACCAUGUUCGGGACCACCUGCGAGAACAGAAAACGCAGGAAAGAGAAGAGUGUCGGGGAUGAGGAGGAUGUUCCCAUGAUUUGUGGUGGCAUGGGAAGUGCUCCCGUGAGCAUGAUGUCUUCAGAAUAUGACCCCAAGAUGCAGGAAGGUGGCAGGAGUGGCUUCGUCAUGACUGGCCAAGAGAACCUUCCUCAUGGUCAUGCUGAGCGGUUUGACCCAGCUCGGCCCCAGCUGCCAUCUGGAAGUUCAUCUCUUGGGUCAGAGGAUUUGCCCUCAGCUGCUGACCCUGACAGGAUGUCAGACCUGGGCAGGAAGCCUCCUGGAAAUGUGAUUUCAGUGAUUCAGCACACAAACUCGCUGAGCCGGCCCAACUCCUUCGAAAGAGCCGAGUCAGCCGAAAUGGUGGCCUGUGCACAGGACAAGACCCCUUCACCUUCUGAGACAUGUGACAGUGAGAUUUUGGAAGCCCCUAUAAGCCCAGAGUGGGCUCCUCCUGGGGAUGGUGCAGAGAGUGGAAGCAGGCCAACCCCUUUACAGCAGGUGCCACAAACGUCCUACCAUGCACAACCUAGGCUUGUUCGCCAGCACAACAUCCAGGUUCCCGAAAUUAGAGUCACAGAGGAACCCGAUAAACCUGAGAAGGAGAAGGAGACUCCUGCCAAGGAGCCAGAGAAACCUGUGGAGGAAUUUCAGUGGCCCCAGAGAAGUGAGACCCUUUCCCAACUCCCUGCUGAGAAGUUGCCUCCCAAAAAGAAACGCUUGAGGCUUGCAGACAUGGAGCACUCCUCAGGAGAAUCCAGUUUUGAGUCCACAGGCACUGGCCUCUCUCGAAGUCCCAGCCAAGAAAGCAACUUAUCACACAGUUCCAGCUUCUCAAUGUCCUUUGAGAGAGAAGAGACGGUUAAGCUCACUGUGCCCCCUAAGCAGGAUGAGAGUGGCAAACACUCUGAGUUUUUGACUGUCCCCGCAGGUUCAUACUCGUUGUCUGUCCCAGGUCAUCACCACCAGAAAGAAAUGCGGCGAUGCUCCUCCGAGCAAAUGCCUUGUCCUCAUCCGACGGAAGUCCCAGAAAUACGGAGUAAAUCAUUUGAUUAUGGGAAUCUGUCCCAUGCUCCGGUGGCAGGAGCAACCCCGUCAACAUUGUCACCAUCCCGGGAGAGGAAGAAAUGCUUUCUGGUACGACAGGCUUCCUUCAGUGGCUCCCCAGAAGUCGUCCAAGGUGAAGGCAGUGCGGACCCCAGCGUCAAGCAGGAGCAGAUGGAGCAGCUACACGCUGGCCUUAGGGCUGCAUGGUCCUCUGUGCUCCCGCCUCUCCCAGGGGAUGACCCAGGAAAGCAGGUGGCCGGUCCUUGUGGCCAGCUGAGCUCAGGGCCACCAGUCCACCUUGCCCAGCAACAGAUCAUGCACAUGGACAGUCAGGAGUCUCUGAGAAAUCCGUUGAUGCAACCAGCGUCCUACAUGGCGAGCAAGCACUUGCCCGAGCAGCCACAUCUGUUUCCACAUCAAGACACAGUCCCGUUCUCUCCUCUCCAGAAUGCCUUGUUCCAGUUUCAGUACCCGACUGUCUGUAUGGUUCAUUUGCCAGCUCAGCAGCCUCCCUGGUGGCAAACACAUUUCCCUCACCCCUUUGCCCCACACCCCCAAAACAGCUACAGCAAGCCUUCUUUCCAAGCUGACAUUCAUUCUAGCUACCCCUUAGAGCACGUAGCAGAACACACUGGAAAGAAAUCUGUUGACUAUGCACACGCUAAAGAGCAGACUUACCCGUGUUAUUCUGGAACAUCAGGGCUACACUCCAAGAACCUCCCUCCGAAGUUUCCGUCAGACCCGAGCAGUAAAUCCACGGAAGUGCCCAGCGAGCAGCUUCUUCGAGAAGAUUUUGCCUCUGAAAAUGCUGGGCCUUUGCAGUCCCUCCCGGGAACGGUGGUGCCUGUUCGGAUCCAGACUCACGUUCCGUCCUAUGGCAGUGUCAUGUACACAAGCAUUUCUCAGAUACUCGGACAGAAUAGCCCCGCCAUUGUCAUAUGCAAGGUUGAUGAGAAUAUGACCCAAAGAACACUGGUGACCAAUGCAGCCAUGCAAGGGAUAGGACUGAACAUUGCCCAAGUGCUUGGGCAGCACACAGGCUUGGAAAAAUACCCUCUUUGGAAAGUACCUCAGACCUUACCUCUGGGCUUGGAAUCCUCCAUCCCCCUGUGUUUACCUUCCACCUCGGACAGCGCAGCCUCUCUCGGAGGAAGCAAGCGGAUGCUGUCUCCAGCCAGCAGUUUGGAGCUCUUCAUGGAAACAAAGCAGCAGAAACGGGUGAAAGAGGAGAAGAUGUACGGGCAGAUUGUGGAAGAGCUCAGUGCAGUGGAGCUAACCAACUCAGACAUCAAGAAGGGCCUCUCCCGCCCCCAGAAGCCCCAGCUAGUGAGGCAAGGGUGUGCUUCGGAGCCGAAGGAUGGCUCCCAGUCAAGGUCAUCUUCCUUCUCCUCCCUGUCGCCCUCCUCCUCUCAAGACCAUCCAUCUGCUCCUGGGCCUUUUCCUCCCAGCAGGGAGAUACUUCCGGGUUCCAGGGCACCUCCACGACGGAAGUUCAGCGGGCCUUCGGAAAGCAGAGAGUCCUCGGACGAGCUGGACAUCGACGAGUCUGCGUCAGACAUGAGCAUGAGCCCUCAGAGCUCUUCCCUACCCACCGGAGGCAGUCAGCAAGAAGAGGAAGGGAAGGCCCGCAAGCUGCCUGUUGGCAUGCUAGUUCACAUGGCCUCUGGCCCUGGUGGAAAUGUGGCAAAUUCCACUCUUCUUUUCACAGACGUGGCAGAUUUCCAGCAGAUCCUUCAGUUCCCCAGUCUGCGGACAACAACUACUGUGAGUUGGUGCUUCUUAAAUUAUACAAAACCCAAUUUUGUGCAACAGGCCACCUUCAAAUCCUCAGUUUAUGCUUCAUGGUGCAUUAGUUCCUGUAACCCAAACCCAUCAGGAUUGAACACCAAGACCACGCUGGCCCUUCUGAGAUCCAAACAAAAAAUCACGGCAGAAAUUUAUACUCUGGCUGCUAUGCACAGGCCCGGAACUGGCAAGCUCACAUCCUCCAGUGCCUGGAAGCAGUUUGCACAGAUGAAACCUGAUGCACCCUUCUUGUUUGGCAGCAAGCUAGAAAGGAAAUUAGUGGGAAAUGUCUUAAAGGAAAGAGGGAAAGCAGAGAUCCAUGGAGACAAAGAUCUUGGAUCCAAACAAACCGAGCCAAUCCGAAUCAAGAUCUUUGAAGGGGGGUAUAAAUCAAACGAAGAUUACGUGUAUGUCAGAGGGCGUGGACGUGGGAAGUACAUCUGUGAAGAGUGUGGAAUCCGCUGUAAGAAGCCAAGCAUGCUCAAAAAGCACAUUCGCACUCACACUGAUGUCCGGCCUUAUGUGUGCAAGUUAUGCAAUUUCGCUUUCAAAACAAAAGGAAACCUAACGAAACACAUGAAAUCCAAAGCACACAUGAAGAAGUGUCUAGAGCUGGGCGUCUCAAUGACCUCAGUAGAGGACACAGAAACUGAAGAAGCAGAAAAUAUGGAAGAAUUGCACAAAACAUCUGAGAAGCAUAGCAUGUCCAGCGUUUCAACUGAUCACCAGUUCUCAGAUGCUGAGGAAUCUGAUGGCGAAGAUGGAGAUGAUAAUGAUGAUGAUGAUGAAGAUGAUGACGACUUUGAUGACCAGGGAGAUUUGACACCCAAAACAAGGUCAAGAAGUACCAGUCCUCAGCCCCCUAGGUUCUCCUCCUUGCCUGUCAAUGUUGGCGCUGUACCCCAUGGAGUCCCUCCAGAUAACUCUCUGGGACAUUCUUCAUUGAUCAGCUAUUUGGUUACUCUACCAAGUAUUCAGGUUACUCAGCUUAUGACACCCAGUGACUCGUGUGAAGAUACCCAGAUGACAGAGUAUCAGAGGCUGUUCCAGAGCAAAAGUACAGACUCUGAACCAGACAAAGACAGGUUGGACAUCCCGAGUUGCAUGGAUGAAGAGGCCAUGUUGUCUUCGGAACCAAGCUCCUCCCCAAGGGAUUUCUCCCCCUCAAGCCACCAUUCCUCACCGGGAUACGAUUCUUCACCCUGUCGAGAUAAUUCGCCAAAGAGGUAUCUGAUACCCAAAGGAGAUUUGUCACCUAGGAGACAUUUAUCACCCAGAAGAGAUUUGUCACCCAUGAGGCAUCUGUCACCAAGAAAAGAAGCUGCAUUGAGGAGAGAGAUGUCUCAAGGGGAUGCUUCACCAAGAAGGCAUUUGUCCCCAAGGAGGCCAUUGUCUCCUGGGAAAGACAUUACAGCUAGAAGAGACCUCUCUCCCAGAAGAGAGAGAAGAUAUAUGACCACCAUCAGAGCACCAUCUCCCAGAAGGGCUUUAUAUCAUAACCCACCAUUAUCCAUGGGACAGUAUCUGCAAACAGAGCCAAUUGUAUUGGGGCCUCCUAAUCUAAGAAGAGGAUUACCUCAGGUUCCUUACUUCAGUCUCUACGGAGACCAAGAAGGUGCUUAUGAACAUCACGGCUCCAGCCUUUUCCCUGAGGGUCCUACUGACUAUGUCUUCAGUCAUCUUCCACUCCACUCUCAGCAGCAAGUCCGAGCUCCUAUCCCCAUGGUGCCAGUUGGUGGGAUCCAGAUGGUUCACUCCAUGCCACCGGCCCUUUCCGGUUUACAUCCUCCACCCACAUUGCCUCUGCCCAUGGAGGGCUCUGAGGAGAAGAAAGGAGCACCAGGGGAGGCCUUCACUAAGGAUCCCUACACCCCUCCCAGGCGGCAUGAGAAACAAGCCCCUCACAUUUUGCAGUCAUCUGGUCUACCUAGUUCACCCUCCUCCCCACGGCUAUUGAUGAAACAGAGCACUUCAGAAGACAGCCUAAAUGCCACAGAGAGGGAGCAGGAAGAAAACAUACAGACUUGCACAAAAGCCAUCGCCUCACUCCGGAUUGCCACAGAGGAGGCAGCUCUGCUUGGGGCUGAUCAGCCCACAUGGGUGCAGGAGCCCCAUCAGAAACCCUUGGAAAGUGCACACAUCAGCAUUAGACACUUUAGCGGGCCUGAGCCAGGUCAGCCUUGUACCUCAGCCGCCCACCCUGACUUACAUGGUGAAAAGGACAGUUUUGGUACAUCACAGACUGCAAUAGCUCACUCCACAUUUUACAGCAAGAGCAGUGGGGAUGAGAAGAAGGCAGACUUUCAUAGCAGCAAGGAAUUAUCUUUAAGCACAGAGGAAGGCAGUGAGCCUUCAUCAGAAAAGAAUCAACUACAUUGAUCUGAGAUGCAUGGACACAUUCAUUUCCACAUUUCCCCCCCUUUUUUUGUUUUUGUUUUUCUAGGAAUAGAGGUAACAGAGUUGAUAGCAUGCCUGUCCUAAGUUACAGUAGUUGGCUAUUAUAAAUACUUUUGUUAUUUUGAAAACAAUUAGGUAAAUUAACAAGUCAUCUGGAGCCUGACCAAAACAAAAUUUGAAAUUAACCUAUUGGGUCUGGUACUUUUAAAAUUGUACAGAUGUUUGUGCCUUUUCUUUACUUUGCUUAUAUUCUUAUAAGCAUUUUUUAGCAGUAAUUUGUACAUAUUUUAGAAUUUGUGUAUCUGCUUUGUAAUAAAUGUAAUUUCUUUCCUCUUUUGGACACUUGGAUCUAAAUGGUGUAAAGCAAAACAGCAUCAACAUAUAUGUGAGGCUGCACUAAAACAUAUUUUUAUAUGAUAAAAACUGAACAGCUUUUAUGUACAGCUCUGAUUCUGUAAUACUAAUAUUUAUUUUGUUUCAUAAAUUGUACAUUUUUUCUUAAUGUUGUGGAUUGCUUUUCUAUGUGAAGCAUGGAUUUACUGUUGCGUAACUAGAACAGAAAUGUCCAUUGUAAGCAAGAUAUUUAAGCUAGAAUAUCUUAUUCUGCACUUAUGCAUUAGUUACAAAAAAAGAUAAAGGAUGUAUCAGUUGGUUCUUAACUUGUAAAUUCUUUUUGUCUCGUUUGCUGGAUUGACAAUAACUUAAGUGCUGAUUGUGAUUUUAAAUGGAUAGUACCGUAAAGCAUUAAAGUAAACAAUGUGCUAUUGUGAGUUUUUUCAAAGCUUUAUAAAUCAGUUAUAAAUAAUAUUAAAAGUAUUUGGUCUUAUGUGAACAUGUUGAUCUAUAUACUCAUCUAAAAAUAUGGGAAAAACAUUCCGCCCCAUGUAAAUACGUACAAGUGCAUCACUGGUACAGUUUUGUGUAACUCAGUUGGACACUAGGUUGCUAUAGACCUAUGCUAGGGUGUCUUUAAAAAUUAAAAUGGCAAAGCACAUGGGACUAUGUAGAGCUUGGUUAUCGGCCGGCCCGGUGGCUUGGUAGGCAGUGCUGUGCGCUGCCCAUGGAAAAGACCUGGGCUUAAAAAUCUUGGUUCUUGGUGCACAGGAGAGUGACUAAAACUAAGGCUGCAUGGAGGGAUUGCACUUGGACUUGAGGGUUGGGUGUGGAAGCGGUGAAGGGGGGAUGGAGACCUGCUCCCCAGCUCUUCCCAUCAGCCUGUCCAUAUGGUUACAGGGUUAACAUCAGCAUUAGGGGAUGCCGCCUUGCCCUAUGUACAGGGAAAGAGUGUCAUUCCUGGCUGUCUCAGGGGGAAUGAAGAAGAGAAGCCUUCAAGAAAAAGCAACUCUUGGGAGGGGGAAGUUUUUUGUAUAUAACCUUCAGAGUAGCUUUUGAUCAGUGUUGAAGGUGGGAAGAGUCUUUGCAGGUCCAGAAGAGCAGAGCAGAGGAAGGGGUACAGCAACAUGUGCACACGCACGCACAUGUAUGUGCAUGCGCACACACAAUCUGGGUUAUCUUUGUGCUAUAUAGUGGAUUAUAAUUCUGUGAAACCAAGUUUGUAUACUGAAUUACAUUAAGGAGUGUUCUUUAAAAAGAGAAAUAAAUAUACAAUUACA